AGCGGCAGGAAGCGGGGCCGAGGCCGAGGAGCCGCCCCGCGGCCUCUCGCGGAGCGCCGCUCCCCGUUCCGGGUACGGGGCACCGCCGCGUCUCUGCCGGGUCGCCUUCCCCCAGCAGGGCCCGUGCUGCUACGCUAGGGGAGCCGCCUCUAUACCCCGUAACCGAUUUCUUUUGUAGUGGGAAGAAAGGUGUGGGAGAGGCUCCGGGGGUAAUAGUGGCGUGUGCUUUCAAACAGUUGUUUACAUUCGUCUGAGAGGGUAAAACUCUUCCAUUUUGCGAACGCUGAUUAAUAUAGUGUGGGAUUGUGGCUGAUACGCAGAAGGGGAAAUGUAUGAUGCUGUUCCAAUCCAGUCUAGCGUGGUGUUAUGCUCCUGUCCAUCCCCAUCAAUGGUGAGGAGCCAAGCAGAUUCCAGCACUCCAUCUGUCAUUUCCACCUGUGGCAGCAGACAGGGAUCAAACAUGGAGAGCACUGCAGCUGAAUCAAGAUCUAGUUCAAACUCCUUGCAGCAGCAUACAGGACAGCAGCCUCCACAGCCUCGAAAGAAACGACCUGAUGACUUCAAAUUUGGGAAAAUUCUGGGUGAAGGAUCUUUUUCGACGGUUGUCUUGGCUCGAGAAUUGGCAAGUUCUAGAGAAUACGCCAUUAAAAUUCUAGAAAAACGUCAUAUCAUAAAAGAAAAUAAGGUGCCAUAUGUGACACGAGAGAGAGAUGUAAUGUCCCGCCUGGAUCACCCUUUUUUUGUGAAACUCUACUUCACCUUUCAAGAUGAUGAAAAGCUAUAUUUUGGACUUAGCUAUGCCAAAAAUGGCGAGCUGCUAAAGUAUAUACGCAAAAUUGGCUCAUUCGAUGAGACCUGUACCAGGUUUUAUACUGCUGAAAUUGUAUCAGCCUUGGAGUAUUUGCAUGGGAAAGGAAUUAUUCACAGGGAUCUUAAACCAGAGAACAUCUUGCUAAAUGAAGAUAUGCACAUUCAAAUAACAGACUUCGGAACAGCAAAAGUAUUAUCUGCUGACAGCAGACAAGCACGGGCAAAUUCAUUUGUAGGGACAGCACAGUAUGUUUCUCCAGAGCUGCUGACAGAGAAAUCUGCCUGUAAAAGCUCUGACCUCUGGGCUCUGGGAUGUAUAAUAUAUCAGCUUGUAGCUGGAUUGCCUCCAUUCAGAGCUGGGAAUGAGUAUCUGAUAUUCCAGAAGAUAAUAAAGUUGGAAUAUGACUUUCCAGAAAAAUUUUUUCCCAAGGCAAAAGACCUUGUAGAAAAGCUAUUGGUUCUAGAUGCUACCAAAAGAUUAGGCUGUGAAGAAAUGGGAGGAUAUGGACCUCUUAAGGCUCACCCCUUCUUUGAAUCUAUUGUGUGGGAGAACCUACAUCUUCAGACACCCCCAAAACUUACGGCGUACUUACCUGCCAUGUCAGAGGAUGACGAAGACUGUUAUGGAAAUUAUGACAAUCUCCUCAGUCAGUUUGGUUGCAUGCAAGUUUCUGGUUCUGCCUCUUCCCAUUCACUGUCUGCCCCAGAGACGAGUACCCCACAGACGUCAGGAGGCAAUAUUGAACAGUAUAUUCAUGAUCUUGACAACAAUUCCUUUGAGUUGGAUUUACAGUUUUCUGAAGAUGAAAAGAGGUUACUUCUGGCAAAACAAGCUGGUGGAAAUCCUUGGCAUCAGUUUGUAGAAAAUAACUUAAUUCUAAAAAUGGGCCCAGUGGACAAAAGAAAGGGAUUGUUUGCACGUCGACGCCAAUUGCUCCUCACAGAAGGGCCCCACCUGUAUUAUGUGGAUCCUGUCAACAAAGUUCUAAAAGGAGAAAUACCGUGGUCUUUGGAGUUACGUCCAGAAGCCAAGAAUUUUAAGACAUUUUUUGUUCACACACCAAACAGGACAUACUACCUGAUGGACCCGAGUGGAAAUGCUCAUAAAUGGUGCAAAAAGAUACAUGAAGUGUGGCGGCACAGAUAUCAUCAGAAUGCUGCAAAAUAGUAAAGCUCAUCCAAAAUUUCCCAGUUUUCCUUCUUGCUGCUAGAACUCAACGUGCAGCCUAUCAGAGGAAUCUUUCCAACCCAUCUAUUACCAUCUCAAGGGGAAGCAUAUGUCUGAAAAUGUUCUGUUUUUUAAAAAAGAAAAAGGAAAAAAAAAGGCUAAAACCGAAUGGAAUUCAGGGUCGCUUUGCUCGCUCUUUGUGCUUCUGUUGAGGCUUCCACAUGCGUAUCAUUGCAGUGAAGAUCUUGCUUUUGUGCCCUUCAGCUCAAUUUCUGCAGCAGACUAGUGGAUAGACCUUGUAUUACCAGCUACAUUUAAGAUGAGUUAAAACCAAUCCACACGCACAUGCCCCAAGUCAUGUACCAGCGUUACAUUUUAUGGGGCUAGAGUUUUCUGUGACUUUCACGUUAUCAUUUGAUCUGUAUUUCAUCAGGGAGCUUUUAUAUGCCUCUCCUAAGCACCACCUCUGUUUUCUUUUCCUUUCCUCACAGUCCCUGAGCUUAUUGGUGUAUGGCAGUUGUAGCCAGGUCAGUUGCACCCUUGUGUAAUUCUUAAUAUAGUUCUGGUUGCAGGAUUUAUGUGGUACUUAAAUAAUUAUGUGAAUGAAUCAGAUGUGUGUCUGGCAGACAGGCUACAAUGAUAGAGGUGGUGAGAGUAAAAUGCUGAACAUGGCACUGAAAAUUUUCUUAAAUUGAAAUGUUGGCUUCUGAAGCAUAUAAAGUUUUAAACAUUCAGUUUAAAUUUUAAUAUGAAUGAUGUGUGCUUAAUCAAGAGACAAUAAACUUACCAGCAUGCUUUUAACUAAUACUAACUAAAAGAAAAAAUUAGUUAGUAUGGAGGAAAAAAACCAACAAUGUUACUAUUGAAGUAGUAAAUAGUUUUUCUCCUUUCCAGGGGAUGAGAGUUAGAAGCUUUCUUUGCAGGGUGUGCAUGUUUUGUGCAUUUUAGUGGGGCCAACCUAUUUACCUGGAUAGAGAAGAAAGUGUGAAAGCUUUGUACAACUGAUUAUUUUGUUUGUUUGUUUCUUUGUAUAAUGAGGUGUACAAAUAAUCUUAUUUUUGGUCUUCAACCAAAUAUUUCAGAACUUUUAGCAACUCCAAAAAAUAAAUAAACUAAGCCAUUUAAACAUUAGAUACAUACUGUAAUCUGGUUAAAAAUUCAGCAGAAAAUGUUGAUACAAUGGGGAAAAUAUAUGGUACUUGAGGCAUAUCUAUAAAAUGAAAAUAUUUUUUCAUAUCAGUCUCUUUUAUCCUUCUCAAAUUAAUGCUUUUUUUUGUGGUCAAACAUUUCUUGCAAUGUUACAAAGACUUGACUUUAUGUGCUAAAAACAACUUCCCUAUUUUCAACAUACCUGUGUUCCUGAACCUUGCAGAGAGGCAUGACCUAGGUCUGGACAAAGGCAUUUCUUCCUUGUUUUAAAAGUGGUAUAAACAUCACACCUAUUUAUUCACCUUCUACACAUACCAUCUUUUUGUAUGUUGAGGUCUCUAUGAUGUGCUUUUUCUUCUAUCAAGGAAAGAAAUGUUCCACUGUAAUGUUGAAAGAACUAAUGAGCUACUGUUCUAAAAGCAAUGUUUUAAAAGCAGUGGCUUAUCAGGCUGUCUCAUAAAAUACAUGAAUAUUGAUAUUUUUCGUUAUUAUUGAUGUUGUACUGGAUGAGGGAGAUUUAUCAUUGCUCUUUAAAAAAAAAGGCAACAAAAAAUAGUAUUAUGUGGUUGAACUUGAUGACAGUUCAGUUCUUCCAGCAUUUUUUAGGUUUUAUAGGAGAGAAUGCAGUUGCCUUUUCUUUUGUAGGAACUAUAUUCUUACAGUCUUCUAUUAACCCAUGCAUGACAAAAAUCAGUAGCUUACAGUGCAUGGUGUUAAGGGAACUAAGGUGUCCUGCAGCUGGCUGAGAAGACAAAAACAGAACACAGUUCCCUUUGCAUAAGGAAUUUCGCCAUAUAGAAGGUACACUCCUUGUCACUGAGAUUUGAAUGGCAUAGUAUUAUGCCUUCCAUUUGUGCCUGUAAGUAAUCCUUUAUUAGCUAUCUUAAGUAAGAUGGUAACUGUGAGUUUGCAGUGGUACCCAGUCACUUUGUAGCUGUCAAAUUCCAGCUGUAUGUUGGGUCUACUCGAGGCAACUGUAAAGCUUUUGGAUUUAGUCUUUAGUGUAGAGAUGUAGACAUGUUCCCAACUUCAAACAAAUGGAGUCUGGCAGUGAUGGAGCUUCAUGGUGCUGCUGCUGGUUUUUAUAACAAAACUUAGCCUCUUAUUUGUUUAAAAAAAAAAAGUUGUAAAAGUUGUUCUGCUAAUAGCAAAUUCCUUAGCUUCAGUAGGAGCUAAUAAUCUCCACUGGCUUUAUCACUCUAGCUGACUAGGUGGAAAUAUAGGAAUGCUUAAACAUACAUUCUAUAACAGUUAAACCUGCAGUCAUCUUGCCAUUAUAAAAAAAAAAAAUUCACAUCUUGAAAAUCUUAUCAGUGUCCUUCAUUCCUGCCUACUAAAACCUUUCAGCCAAAGAAAUAUUAGUAACAGUAAGCUGUAAAAGUCAAUCUGUAAGACUGAUGCCUGCAUUCCAGUAUUCCAUUUUUCUUUUGACAAGGCUGUCAUUAGAAAACUGUGAGCCUCUUAAAGGAAACCCUCCCCUCAGAACUUUUGUGUUCCAAAUCAAGUAUUCCUUAGCCACUGCUUUUUCGGGGAGGGGACCAGAAAAUUUCUGGAAUUGUUGAUUUAAAUAUGCUUUACCAAUUUGUCCACUUAAAUGCAUGUUGGAAGGUGCUGCGUAUUAUGAAGGCUGUUUCCUGUUUUAGAUAGCAAGGUAGCUUCAAAUCUUUGUCUUGAAGAUUACUCCUAUGGUUCGUGGGAGUUCAUAGAAUGAAAUGUACAAGGGAGAUUCUUCAGAGCUGCAAAUAAGCCAGUUGCUUUCAUUGCUCUUUAUCCAAGGUAUUCCAGAGCUGGUCAUUCGAAGACUCUUCUUGACUCCUUGCUACAAACCUACUAAAAAAACAAAUUUGUUUGGGUUCUGUCCCUUGCAUUUUGAAUGACGACCAGUCGUUUAUAAAGAUUCUGGUCAGCAGUGUAAUUUCUUUUGAUUGGGAUUUGAAAUUCAGGAAGGUGUUUAUUCUGUCUUCUAUUGUGUGGUGUUUAAGGCUGAAGUACCACUGCUAAAAAGGAUUUUUGAUUUACGCUAUUCUAUUCAGUGUCCUGCACAAUCACAGAAUGUUGAAAAUUACUUUGAUAAACUGGAGAGAUGGCUUUAUUAGGAUUGGCCGUAUAGCCUGUUUUUUAGAAGGAUUUAUGUUAACAGUCUUGCCUCAGAUGUUAUGUUGAAACAUUGUGAGCAGACUGAUACCAGCUAUUAGUAUCUCAUUUGCUAAGUGCUAGAUGCGGAAUGCAUCAAGAUAUCAGAUAGUACUGUGCUCCACUUAUUUUUCUCUGUCUAGCAUGAUUUAAUCGUGAAGCAUCUGCUAUCUAUAAUUCCAGGAAAAAAAUGUAGGUUGAAACAACAACGUGAUAAUUCUGAUCUACUUUCAUAGUAUGAGAUGCUUGAUUUAAUAUCUUUGAAAUCAUUACAUUGUGUUGAAAAUCCCCAGGAUUCUUUAAAGUUUUUUAAAAAAUACUGAAUUUACAUGUAGGAAUGAUUUAGUAAAGUCAACAUAAUUGCUUAAUUUGGCCUGUGAACAAAAAAAAAUAAAUGAUUUCAGCAAGCUGUUGAGGAAAUCACUUGUGUGGCAUAGUUACCUGAAGAUGUGUGUGGAUUGCGAUAACUUUUUCUACUAUGGAAAUACACGAAUAGGUGUGGUAUUUAUAUCUGAAGUUUUGCUGAAUGCCUGUAAUAAUUCAUGCAAAUAUCUUAUUAAUGAAGGGGAAGUGCUCCUGCAAAGCUUCAUGAUACAGAUUGUGUGUUGGUUGAUCAAAUGGGUUUACAGACAAGUAAUUUUCCAUUCCAGAUUGGCAUGUUUUCAGUUAAGACACGAAUUCAGGAAUUUGUUUCCUCCUUUUUAAAAGUAAUACAACUUUUUAUUUAGCAAACAAUUCAAGAAGUUCUUAAGCACCCAAUAAGUUGGUCUUUCUGUUGGUGUGGCAGUGAAUGUAAUGGUUGCCAUUUACGAAGCUUCCUAUGACCUUGUACUAACUCUGAUUGAAUGUGGCAUAUGUUCUAAAUUGUGGCAGAGUUUACAAUUACUGUAUCUGACAAAAAGAAAAAAAAAUAGGAAUCAGGAACCAUAAUCUGUUUUGAUAGUUGUAUGCUAGCUGUUCUUCAGGUUGGUGGCAGUCAGUUGUGUGUACUAUUCUCUACCUGAUUUGUAGCUGUAACUGUGAUGUACAGGUAAAGGAAAAAAAAACAAACACCCUCCUCCCCCCAGGAAUCCCCCCUCCUCCAAGAACUUAUUAAAACAGAAGCAAAUAAUGCAAUGAUAUGAUACACACUUUUUGUAUUUUUAUUCUUAUAAGGUUAUUUGCUGGCUUUUGUUGGCCUCUAGUUCAGUCUGUGUUAUUUAAAUUCUAAUAUAUGAGUUAUUUGGAUUGAAUUCAUGUUCGGGGCCAUGGUGUUGUAUGUAUUGAUGUACAGCCUUGAAUGUGAAUAAUUAUUGUAAACUAUAUUUUACACCUUUUUUCUGGCUUUAUUAUAUAAAUUUUCUAUUGGUCGACGAUUUAAUCAUAUCUCAUAAUUUAAUAACUGCUUAUUCUCCUUCCGACAGAUCUCUGUGCUGUAGAUGUGUAGCUAGUGACGGGAUGAUGGAUUUCACUUAUGCUUGGUAGUCUGUAAUAAAGGCAUGUAGGGUCCUG